UUUUUUUUUUUUUUUUUUUUUUUUUUUUUUUUUUUUUUGUCGUCUGGUCUCCACCUUGUCUUACCAAGUGUUCGCCCUCUUCGUGUGGAGAACAGAUAAUGAAUAAUGUAUGAUUUGUCUGGAUGAGACUUUAAUGUAUCACACUACUGUCUAGAGGUCUGGCUUCCAACACUCCUCUUGUCUGCCACUGAGAUCAAAGAUAGCAAUAGAGGUAUCAAAGGUCUUGAGAAACGCCUCCACUUAUCAUAUCUCUGUGGCAUUAAGAACAUUUCCGACAGCACUUACCAUGCAGCAUACUCAUACGGAAUACUUGUACAUUAAUUUAAUUUAAUUGUUGCAGCCUCCUUGUCUAAACAAGGUGUGUUUUGUCUUAUGGAUACUUUUUUUCAAUGCAACUUAGUUUGUCCUUUUGUGUAAUUAUUUAAAGAUUUAUUGUUGAGUAGCUGCUCGGCUGCCUUAUGUUAUGUCACGCAGGCGGCUUUAAGUUGUAACUAUUUUUUACUUAUGCAAUCUUUGUGAAGAACACUGAUCUCAUUGGAAGAUAUACAUUUAUAAGUCCUGUUGUCUUUGAAUAUGUUGAAGUAUUGAAGUACUCACCUUUCCACUGGCAGUAAAUGGUCGAAGCUGACAGAUCAAACUGUGAUGGGAGCUUUCUAACUGUGACACAAAGACUGGUCUUUAGUAGUUCCUAUCUUCACUGGAUAAAUCCUCUAACGAGAACAACCUUUAAACUGGAAGAAGUUUUUCUUUUCAAAUGAGGACAUACUUCUGAAAGACGAGACAGACGGGAACAAAACCUCAGAGCUGAUUUUUGUCUCUUGAAUUCAAGCACUGAAGAGGGAGAAUAAGACUUUAGGGAGAAACUCACAUUCAGAUACUUUGUGAUUUUUCCCUGCAAAAUUUGCUGCAGGGGAAUUUGCUGCCAAAUUCCACUCUUCAAGCCUCUACCUGAAGAAAAUACUUGUCAGACCUGCUUUUUCCUGAUAGACCGUGUCCACUUCAGCAGUGAGGAUGCGAUCUCCAGAACCGUCUUCACCGUCCACAGCAGAAGCCCUCCUUCAUGGACAGUUUGCCAGCUGGGGGACAGGUGGCAACAGCAACAAUAACAGCUGCCCCAACAGCCCUGGUGGUCCAGGUGGACUCUCCCCCGCUGCCUCCCCUACUCCGGCUCCAGCCUCCAACUAUGCCUUGACCCUCACCCACACCCACAUACAUAUCCAGCGUCUGUCGCCGCGGCCAGGGAAGGAAGCCCGUCUCCUGCUGCCUCUAUCAGAGCUGGUGGGCUGCAGCUGCCCUCGUGCUCCUGCGCCACCUCUCCUGGUGCUGUACUGGUACCCACCAGGCAAACGACGGAAGGGGGUGUCUCGGCGCAGGCAGGUGAGGGCAUACCUGGCGGAAAGCAGGGCUGAAGCUGAGAGAUGGUCGGCGGCUGUGCAGUGUCUACUUAGAAAUGUGACCGUCACUGCUGACACAGAAUUUUCAAGAAGUCUGCUACCUCGUCCCAGGCGACUACUGUUAUUGGUCAAUCCCUUCAGCGGGAGAGGCCAGGCGAUGCAGUGGUGUCAGACCCACAUCCUGCCAAUGAUCAGAGAGGCCAACAUCAGCUACAACCUUAUACAGACAGAGCGUCAGAACCAUGCUCGAGAGCUAAUCAGAGAGAUAUCGCUCCCAGACUGGGAUGGCAUCAUCAUUGUUUCUGGAGAUGGCCUGCUGCAUGAGGUGAUUAAUGGGCUGAUGGAGCGUUCUGACUGGGAACAAGCAAUAAAAACACCUGUUGGCAUCCUGCCCUGUGGCUCUGGGAAUGCAUUGGCUGGCUCCAUCAACCACAAUGCAGGGUAUGACAUGUGCCUUCGGGAGCCCCUCCUUUUGAACUGCUGCUUUUUGCUUUGUCGAGGCGGUGUCCGACCCAUGGACGUGAUCUCCGUGACAACAAGCCCUCCUCCCUCCAACAACAGUCAUACUGCAGCACCCAGGAGACUGUUUUCUUUCCUUUCUGUUGCCUGGGGCUUUGUGUCUGAUGUGGACAUUGAGAGUGAGAGGUAUCGUGGCCUGGGAUCAGCUCGCUUCACCCUGGGCACCCUGGUGCGCAUAGCUUCUCUUCGAUCCUACAAGGGUCGUCUGUCCUACCUGCCUCCCUCUAUUUGCGCCUCAUCACCAGAUGAGACACCUCCACCGCCGAGGCGACCGCUCUCCCGCAGUAUCACAGAAGGCCUGGAGGGCUUCUGCCGAACGCCCAUCCAUCGCACCUGCUCUGACAUGGGCAUCAGUGAACAGAGGAGCCUGCGUAAGGGUGAGGGAGAGAGGGAAAAAGAGGAAAGGCAGAGGGAAAGGGAGAGGAGAAGGCAGAGGGCUAAGGGAGGAGGAACUGGCGUGGUAAGGGCAAGCAGCCUUGCAGAGGACAGAGAGAGGGAAGGGGAGAUGGAGAUGGAGGCAGAAGAGGCAAGGUCAGGGACAUGUUCGGAGAGAUCGGGGACGAGUUCAGAAUCAAAUGAAAGGGAUGAAUGCAGUAUGGGGAGGGUGGAAAGGUUGGCUGGGAUCAAGGAUGAAAGGGAAGAUGAGGGAGGAGUAGAACAUGACUCCGGUGAGAUGGAGGAGGACAGAGGGAACAAUGGGGAACACAGUGGCGGUUCUGUUGAAGGGGAAGGAGCAUUGCAUGCAAGAGAGCUGGGAAAGAGCGAUGGGGUCGACAUGGGGCGAGAGGCAAAUGAAGAGCCGGACUACGAAGAUAGUCUUCAGGAAACUAGAAAGGCAAUAAGAAAGAAUUCAGCCCCUUCAAGCCAGAUAGCCAACGCUCUCUUCAACUCGCCGCUCAGUCAGGAGGCUGACACAGACUCUGGCACCUCGUAUGGAGUAGAGGACAUGGAUCUGAAUGGAACAUACUACCACAAAGAACCCUACCAACUGGACGUUGCUCGCGAGCGAUCUCUCACCAUCUCCUCCCCUUUUCGUCACUCUCCCUUCUCUCACAAGCCCAAGACCCUGGACCAAAACCAGAAUGCCUCCCGGCCAAGGCCCCUCUCCCUCCUCCAGCACUCAAACUCAAACUCCCUCCCCCCUAAACUCCCGUCACUCUCCCUGUCUCUUUCUCCUACACCUCCAUCUUCCCCUUCUUGUGCCUCCCCACACUCCUCAUCCUACCUCGUCCCCCGUCCUAACACCCCGAAUUCGCCCUCGCCCUGUCUACGCACACCGUCCUCGUCUUUUAACUUUGACAUUGCAGAGCCAGCAGGACCCCAAAAGAACCGUCCUUUCUUGCUGCCUUUAAAUCUCCCCAAGGAUGACUUGUUACCCCCCCUCGACCAACCCCUUCCCACCAGAGACUGGGUCAGCAUUGAAGGGGACUUUGUUCUGGUCCUGGCCCUUUAUCAGACCCACCUUGGGGCUGAUCUUCAUGCUGCACCCCAGGCCAGGUUUGACGAUGGGCUGAUCCACCUGACCUUUGUGCGGGCGGGGAUCUCCAGAGCCACUCUGCUGAGACUGUUCUUUGCCAUGGAAAGAGGAACUCACCACUCCGUCAGCUCACCGUACGUGAGCCAUGUAACCUGCCGGGCCUUCAGGCUGCAGCCUCUGUCUACACGGGGGACGCUCACGGUGGAUGGAGAACUGGUGCCCUAUGGGCCGCUUCAAGCACAGGUUCAUCCCGGCAUGGCUCGUCUCAUCGUUGGUGACUCCGGAGUAAAGAUUACCAGAUUCUAAUCAGGGAUUGGUUGAGCUGAUUUAACAGAUACAGCACUCUACUGAAUUAUGUAAUCUCUGUUGUCAUUUAUACUCUGAAAGAGGGAGAGGGAGAAGGGGGUGUAUCUGAGAGACUUAAAAUAGCUCAGAUUGCAGAAACUGCUUUUCUGAGGUUUAAUGAAAGGGAUAACCCACCGAGCCACGCCUCAUCGGAGCGCGACUGCAGGGAUUAAUAGCGAAUUUGAAAAUGGAUGAAAAAAAAAAGCGCCUCAUUGCACAGCUGUUGGAUUACACUUUGCGUACCCCAAGAAGCAUGAAAACGGCACAGCCUGGGAUAAUAAGAGGGAAGAACAAUCGAAUGUUUGUGGAAUAUUUUUGUGCAGUAGUGCAUGUGUUGGAUGUAUACAUAGCAUGCAGAGAAGCACUACAUGAUUGUUGCCUUUCAAUGAGAUGGAAAGAAAUCAGAUCAAAAAAACAGAAAGUUGCUCUUAAACAUGAAAUGCUAUAAAAAAACACACACACAUGAGAUUCACUUGAGCCCAAAUGUUCAAAUGUUUGAGAGUAAAAGCUCUGAAAGGAAUGCCUUAUCUGACACUGGACAGUACAGUUGUACCUUUGACUUUUCUUACUUCAUAAUCUCUAAACACUUAUCAGAGUGUCUGUCAGCUACACAAGUAUAACAUGCUGGUCGACCCACGUACCCACUGUUAUCUUUGAGCAUGUGCUCUCCACUGUUUUAAGCAUCAGUGGAGGAAAACUUCAGAUAGACGCACACUUUAAUGACCGUUAUGUGGGUCAUUACAUUAGUAGGAACAAUGGAACCGUUGAACGGUGACCAUUACUGACAUUUUUGCAUAAUCUGCCUGUUUUUUCUUAGCCAGUGGAUGCACGAUGAUGUCAUCGAUAUCAGACUUCGCAGCAUAUUGAUCAAAAAAGAAAAUGUCUGAACAAAGCAAGCUUCUUUGUCAGUGGUUAAAAAAACAAAAACAAAAAAACAUGGUGUCAGAAUUACAACACAGCACUAUUUCAUGUCUAGAAUAUAUCACUGUCUCUGAGUAAUCAUCUGUGGAAACUGGAGGACAUUACGUGCCUCUGUUAAGUAGUGGUGCAUUGAUUUUGCACAAUAACUGGAGUGGAAGCAGCACAGAAAAUCACAACACUAGAAUGCAUAUUAACUUUCAGAUACAUCUAAUGCAGAAUCAGAUACAAUGUUUUGUUCUAGAAAUGGAUGCACUAGUAUUAAUAUCCUAGUCCAAAUACUAUAAUAAAUGGAUCACAUUACAUUCCUACUAGCCUGAAAUGAAUUAAAUGUCUCAAUUUUGAACACUCGUAGCUUUUGAAAAGGUAGAACUGAGUGAUUAGGAAAUCAUUUAGGCACUUUAAAGUCCUGACAAACAAGAGCACAACGCUAAUAAUCCAUCAGCUCUGUGUUGUCAGAGAUGAAUCAGAUUGAGGGAAAACAACUUGAUCCAUGUGAUGAUGAUCAAGUUGUUUUCCCUCAAUGAUCCAUCCGCAGAGCCAGUCUGUUGGAGUAACUGAUAUACUGGGUUUCACGAGUACUUCCAAAUAAUGUUGUGCUCCUUAGCGAAACCAAACAAAAGAACGUGGAGCCCGACUAAGAUUUAUUGUGUUUUAUGAAUAAAUUAUUUGAAAUGUCGCUGUACUCGGUCUGGACAAAAAAAAAAAAAAAACGAUAAAUCAUUAGCAUGUGCAGUGUAUAAAUCAGUAACAUCAUGUGCCCACUGCUUGAGUCAUCAUCAACAAUAUUGUAUGUCUUGGUCACGCCUGAACAAAUUAAUGCCUUUGUAUAAUUAGCCUGUAAAUUCUGGCUGUUGAUCAUGAACUGUUCAAACCUGACUGCGGAAAAUGGAGUAAAACUCUUUGCUCACCA